UUCACAUCAUCAUCAUCAUCCUCCUCUUCCUCCAUCAAUUUUCAUCUCAUUCUUCACUUGAAAUGAUCUUCAUUUCCUAUUAUUUUUUUCAGCUCAAAUACGAUCAAGGAGCUGGGAAUUUAACUUUGGAUGGGAAGAGCUAUGCCAUGACACAAAUGAUCUGGCAUUCACCAGCCGAACACACUAUCGAUGGACAAAGUUUUCCUGUGGAGCUCCAGUUGAUCCACCAGAGCAGCGACAACCAUAUCGCCGUCGUCGCGAUCUUGUAUCAAUACGGCAGCCCUGACGCUUUCCUCCUUCAGAUACAAGACGAGCUGGAGCAAUUGGCACGGGACAAGUGCACGGACGACCAAGAGGCCAGGGUUGCGGUCGGAGUCGUCCAAACCAGAGCGCUGGAGCGCCGCUCGCGCAAGUUCUUCCGGUAUGUUGGCUCCCUCACCGCCCCUCCCUGCACUGAGGAUGUCACAUGGAUCAUCCUCGGCAAGGUGAGGGAGAUGACCAAGGAGCAAGCGGCUUCCCUCAAGGCGCCUCUGAGCGCGGAGUACCAGAGCAACGCGAGGCCCAUCCAGUCGAUCAACGGCCGCACCGUCCAGCUCUACGACGAACUGCACAACGUCAAGAAAGCACCUUCGAGCAAGUCCGACUGAUGCUGCGGUCAUCGUCGAUUGAUGCACAGCAUUUCCAAGUUCGUGUGUUGUUUGUUGCCUGACUGCCUGAUCUGAAUUUAAAGUUUGUGUUGUUUGUUUAUGGCUUGCCAAAGCCUUGCAUGUAACAUGUUUAUUUGAUUUGAUUUCUUUUUUUAUUUGUAUUUGCAUGUCAACUUAUUAAUUUAAACUCACCAUAAAAUUGCAUAAUAAACUCAAGAUAUGAACCGUCCAUAUAUUCCAUUGUACACUGAUAUGAUUAUGAUUGAUUGUAAGAAUCAAGUUUAAUAAUAAAUUAUAAAAUUAUGAUAAAAUGAGGACCUUUCC